UGAGGAGCAAUAGUGCGGAGGUGUCUGCCGUGUCAGACAUUCUCCGCACUGAGGAGUGCCAGAAACAUUGGCAUAUUAUAAAAUCUGAGGCAAGACGGAACACCCGCAAGCAGAGAGAAGCCAUGACUGCCACAGAUGGUGGACCUCCUGCCAACCCUCCUCUCUCCCAGCACAAUGAGUUAAUCUUUGAGAUUUUGGACCCUAAGAAUGUCUAUUCAUGGGUGUACCAAUAAGGUCACCAUUCACACAGCUGCUACUUACACCACCACCACCACACCACCGUCUGCAUUGCUGUGAAGUGAUCCUUGGCAUUGUGGAGCAGGAACUGUUAAUUAAUGAAGACCAACCUUUUAGGAUGGAUCCUGAAUUACUGUGUGGAAAAGCGACAUUGGUACCCAGUGGAGAAGCCAUGGCGAUGGACACACACAGGGAAAAGCCACUAGUGAGGGCAAUAUUCCUGUUGCUCCUGUUGUCAAUAUGCUUUGGAGUGUUGGUGGGCAGAGUGGCGGGCUAUGAGGUCUGUGAUAUCAAUACAAAAGUGCUGAGAGGACAGCAGCACAUCUUCACUAAGAACAGUUGGAACACUAGCAGAUCUCAAAUAACUCUGUUUGGGAAGGUGGAGGACAGCUUUGAGGGCUUCAGUGUCAAGGUGGAGGGAAUAGGUGGCAUUGAUUACGGUGCCUGGUUCCCUGCAGACGAUCAAUGCUUCCCUAACAAGACCAUUUGGUACCAGCUGAUUACAUUUGCACUGAUCAAGAACAACUCCACUACUAUCAUGUUUGGCUUUGAGACGAAAUACUGCCGCAGGGAAUGUGAAAGGAACGAAGCCCCACAGAGCCUGCAGCAGCACAGUGUGGUGGUUCACGGGGCCUCCCAGUGGAACAAUCAUUACCCCUAUGGUGACUGUAUUGUUGCCAAACCGAGUGACAAGACUUUCUCUGGUCCGUUGCUCACCUGCACCUCCGCUGCACCUCCAGCUCCUAUGUCUACGGUAACCAUAAUAGUGAUAGUGAUGGCGGUUGUGGUGGGGGUGGUGUAGCGGCUUUAAUGGGUCGUCAGUUUAAAGAUUACUUCACAGUAAAGGUUACUUCACAGUGUCCCUAUCUCAGCUGAACACACUAAUCAUGACACAGAGACGUCCAGCACAAUCGUAAAAGAGCGCAUUGUCGUGACAACGAAUCUAUGGUAAUAUUUUCAAGAUGAUUGAUAAAAAAAAAUAAAGUCUGUGAAACAAAAAAAAAAA